GGCAGAUGUUUGAAGACUUGGGAAACAUGAAGACAGCCUGAUAAGGAAGGUUGUGCAGGGGACGUAAAAACUCGGUCUAUGGAGAACAAGGAAGGAUCCAUCCAAAGCAGAUAAUGGUAGUUGGACCAAGGAUCUAGCACACUGAUUGUAUGUUCAGAGUUGCAGUGCACAUUGGAUUGUUUUAAUUCCUGUUGCUGAGAGAGAAACAACUGGUGCAGUAAAAGCAAGAUUCCUGAUUGCAAAGUACUAGCUUUGAAACUGAAAGCUCUCAGAAGAAGAACUGAAGACUGGCACUGAACAGGAUAAUUUUGCAGUGAUAAUUUGUUAAGAAGAAACUUUGGGGGAAAUAAAGCAUGGCAGAGGCAAAAAGGAGAAAGAAAAGUGUAGUGUGGAGGAAGAUCCAUGCUCUUCGCUGUGAAGAUAUCAAACUGUGGUGUGUAAGAAGGCUGCCUAUUUUGAAGUGGGCACCCAGUUACAAUUUGAAGGAAAACUUGAUUCCUGAUACAGUCUCUGGGAUGAUGCUGACAAUUCAACAGGUACCUCAAGGGCUGGCCUUUGCUGUUCUGUCUUCAGUCCAUCCAGUGUUUGGUUUAUAUGGAUCUCUCUUUCCUGUCAUCCUUUAUGCUGUUUUUGGAAUGGGACGCCAUGUUGCAACAGGAACUUUUGCUUUAACAUCCUUGAUAUCUGCCAAUGCAGUUGAGCGUCUUGUUUCUCCAGCAAGCAACAAUUUCACUACAAGCAAUAAGUCGGGAGUCUUAGGUUUAUCGGAGUUUGAAAUGCAGAGGAUUGGAGUUGCUGCAGCGGUUUCAUUUUUAGGAGGAAUUAUUCAAGUAGCAAUGUUUGUGCUGCACUUGGGCAGUGCCACGUUCUUGUUGACGGAACCGGUGAUAAGCGCAAUGACAACAGGAGCAGCUACGCAUGUUGUGACUUCACAAGUCAAGUAUCUGCUGGGAAUGAAAAUGCCAUAUAUAUCUGGGCCCCUGGGAUUCUUUUAUAUUUAUGCCUACAUAUUUGAAAACAUCAAAUCAGUUCAAUUAGAAGCAUUGCUUCUGUCCUUGGUAAGCCUGGUGGUGCUCGUUCUGGUUAAAGAACUGAAUGAAAAAUUUAAAAGAAAAAUUAAAGUAGUUCUUCCCAUCGAUUUAAUCCUGAUCAUUGCUACAUCCAUUGGCUGCUACUGUGCUGAUAUGGAGUACACCUAUGGCCUAGCAGUUGUGGGACAUAUUCCAAAAGGGAUACCAGCACCGAAAGCCCCAUCCAUGAACAUCCUCUCUGAAGUAGUUACUGAAGCUUUUGGAGUAGCAUUAGUUGGUUAUGUAGCAUCACUAGCCCUGGCUCAAGGCUCUGCUAAACAGUUCAAAUACUCUGUGGAUGAUAACCAGGAGCUUUUGGCUCAUGGCCUCAGCAAUGUGAUUCCUUCAUUUUUCUUUUGCAUACCAAGCGCUGCGGCGAUGGGACGUACUGCACUUUUAUAUAGCACCGGAGCAAAAACACAGGUGGCUUGCCUUAUAUCUUGUAUUUUGAUACUUGUGGUGAUCUAUGCAAUAGGACCAAUGCUAUACUGGCUGCCCAUGUGUGUUCUAGCAAGUAUCAUUGUUGUAGGUCUAAAGGGAAUGCUAAUGCAGUUCCGUGAUUUAAAAAAAUAUUGGAAUGUGGAUAAAAUAGAUUGGAGCAUAUGGGUUAGUACCUAUGUAUUUACAGUAUGCUUUGCUGCUAACGUGGGACUAUUGUAUGGAGUUGUCUGCACUAUAGUUAUAGUGAUUUUCCGCUUCCAAAGAGCAAAGACACUGAGUUUGAAAAAUAUGAAAGAAGUGGAAUGUGAAUUCAAAACAGAAGCUGAUCGUGAAUCUUUACAACAGGUAAAGAUAGUUUCAGUGAACAACCCACUAGUAUUUCUGAAUGCCAAGAAGUUCCAUCGUGACCUAAUAAGGAUAAUUCAGAAGGACAGUGCAAGCACCCAGCCACAUGAUGAUCUAAACAAGUGUGAACAGAACACGUUGCUCAAUCCAGUAUCCAAUGGAAAUUGUCAUGGUGAGCUGUCAUUACAGCCAUGCCCCAACGAGAGAUGUGCUUUAAUAUUAGACUGCAGUGGACUGACUUUCUUUGACUAUACCGGAAUCUCUGUGCUUCUUCAGAUUUACAUGGAUUUUAAAAACAGAAGUAUCGACGUGUUACUAGCACAUUGUAAAGCUCCCUUGGUAAAAGCAAUGCAGUACAGUGGAAAUCUAGGAUCUGAAAAUCCUAUCUUCUUUGAAUCCAUUUCUUCUGCAAUUGGUGCCAUUCAUUUAAACAGGAAUUUCAGCAAACACAGUGAUCAUGAUGAAGUGUGAACUCGACAUGACACAGGGUGGCUAUUUUGAUCUGCUAACAUACAGAAUGAACUACACCAUUGCUUUUCCUUACAUCUUUCUUUGUGAGAUCAUGUAGGUAGUAUUUUGUAUGCCAAAUAUGUUUAAUAGACAAUCAGUGCUACCAAAGAUUUCUCCUCAGCUACUGCUGCUGAGAAAGUGUUCAUACAAUGGAUUGUUCUGUUGUGGAGAUAUAUAUAUAGUAUUUUUGUAUUCUUUUAGAUACAAAAUAUUAGAAAGCAGACAUGGGAUAGCAACCUUUUAUUAAAGUGAUUUAUAUUGUUUUAGCUCAUUCUAUAGUAACUUAAUUUGUAAUGCACAACUAUAGUUUUGUGCAUGGAAGAAUAAGACAUUAUGAACUUUUGCAAAUGAUCUGUCGUGACUGGUGCGGUAUAUGCAGCAUACCAUAUACAAAACCCAAUUUUGUUUCAAAUGUCUGCUUUAAUCCUUUUCUUCUUAAAACCAAACACAUGCAAUAGCAACAUCAUAUUGUAUAACCCUUUGCACUCACCCCAGUCCUGCAUUUCUUGCACACUUAAUCCUUCUUUACUAAUUAAUGCCCAAUGGGAGGUCAGUGGGCAUUUUGGGUGUGCAAAGAAUAUACUGGCUUAUUAUAUGUUAUCAUGUCUCCCUCCAGAGACCAGUGCCAGUGACUAUUACAGCUUGCUAUUUUGUUAAACCAAAGGAGUUCUUUAGUUCAAGUGGAAGAAGAGGCUUUUACUUUUGGUUCUAAAG